CACCAAGCCACGGUCGGCCAGUUCCGCCGGAAAAUAGGGCUGGACAAGUGGCGGCCAACUGUAUUUUAUUCCUCGACGUUUCGUCCCGUUACAGGCCUUCAACUUUCCGUCUUCCAAAACCAGCGGUGUCUGUCUGGUUCCAAAGUGGCCCACCGACCUUUACUGCCCUCACAUCUACCCUCCACUCCACGUCUCUCGCGGGCACGGCCUGGCAACUAAGGGUUCGAGGCCAAGACACAACUCCAUCCACCCCCUUUCCGCUCCAAGUAGCCUCCGGGGAAAGGUGUGAGCCCAAUCCUUUCUAGCCAUCCUAUCACCUCCACGCCCGCCGCGACCCACCAGCCGCCCGCAAACCAGGAACCCCAGUCUUUCCGGACGAGGUCCUUCAACCGGCCCGUCAUGGAGGGCUUCGUGGACGCAGACGCAUCGAUAGCAGAAGCCAUGGGCUUCUCGAGCUUCGGGUCGCAGAACCCCAACAAGCGGCGCAGAUUCAACGCUCGCGCCGACGCCGUGGUGGCAUCGAACUCCGCCGUACCCGGCCAGCAGAGCGGCGGCGGUCCCCGGGAUGCGGGGUCCGGCGCCAACGCGAUGCCCCUUGGUGUCCGCACUCGCAACGAUGACGAGAUUGACCUCGACACAGACGAGGAAGGGGGUGCGAACCUUGCUGAUAGCGGAGACGGUGAGCACCCCAAGAAUAGCCGCGGUACCAAGCCGGAUCCCCACGUCUUGGACGCGUUUCUCCCGGCCGCAGUCGCCGAGGACGACCUCGUACAAGAUAUUCAGUCUAAAAUCGACGCCAUCACUGGUAUCCCAUCGCAGGCUACCGAGGCAGGGCCCUCGUUCAGUUCUGGCCAGGUGCCCCGUGGUUCAGGCAGUCGUGGCAGCGAUCGCUCCUUCGGACGCCAACGGAACGAGCCGAAGAAGUGGUGGGACGAUUACUACGACCCGAAGUCGAACACCAAUCCGUGGGAGCGGCUUGAGCAAGCGAACGGCUUGCAGCCCAGGGGUACUUGGAUGACCUUAGAAGCGUCCCGGGCGGCCAUGAAGGAGGUCCGGAGGAGGUGAAGUUGGGUUUCAGCUCUCAGCCAGGCCCACUGCAGGUGUGCUCACGGCCUAGCAUGAACAUAAGGCUUCACCGUCCUAAAUCAUCUAGCCUAACACAAUAAGAGAAUGGGAGAAAGUUCAAACCUAUGCGACAUUCCCCCCUCGCUUUAUAUGAUUCUAUGUACCGGACUUCCCGAGACACCCAGGACCUGACAAGCCCCUGUGUGUGGUCACGUGACCGCUACCACCUCCUCUUCCAAGUCUACCUCGGCCUACGAUGGGCUCCCUCCUCCCAGCAUCUCACAUGACCGAUACGAGAGUCAUCGUACCUCGCAAGGGCCCGGCUUAGCUUACGAGGAGACGGGUAGCUGUCCCGCCGUGUCUAAGACACAUCACG